AUGGCUGUUCAGUUUGUUGUGUUAUUUAGGUGUUGUACAAAUCUACGUAAAGAAUUGGAAAAAUGUAAACAUCCUAACAGCCGUAAGACCAAGGCACUGAGUAAGAAGGCACGACGCCAAAAUAACAAACAUAAACAACGACUGGGACAUGCCAUUAAAUCCAAUAUUAUGGGAGAGAAGCUUACUUGGUUUUUGGAACAUAUUGAAGAGGGACGUAAACAUCCGUUGACACCAGUUGAAUUCGAAGAACUGAUUGAAUUGUAUUUGAAACGAUUCGAUGAAGAACUUGAACAAAUUGCCCUGAAGCAAUCCAUUAGUAAAAACCGGGCCAAUCAACACAAAGCCAGAGAAGAUGUUAUUAAAAUUACACUGGAAAAGGAGAUCAAUGAAUACAAGGCUGGUGGCAUGGAACUGUUAAACCUUUGUGAUCCACUGAAAUUUAAAUCCCUUAUGGAUUGGGAUGGCAGUGCCAUUAAUGUACAACAUUUGAAAUUGGAUUUAGUUUCACACAAUAUGUUACAACGGCUUAAAAAGGAAUAUGAAACAGCCAAGGGAGCCACGCCUGCAAACGAAGUUACACCCUCAACAAGUCAACAAUCGGAAGAAGUUAUGGAAACAUCAUAG